AUGUUAUCGACAUCAAGUGUAGUCAGAAGUCUGUUUAGCACACGUGUCACACCAGUCUUUAGCAGAGGUGGAGCAGCAUCAGCAACAACUUUGUUGUUAAACAGGAGCUCAUACUCAACCACAACCACGACUGGAGCAUCAUCGGGUUCAUUGGCCGAUGAGUGUACACUCGAGCGUCUGUCUGGCAAGGAUGCAGGUAUCAGUGUGAUCUCAUUCAAUCGUGCACCCGUCAAGAAUGCCAUUGGUGCCAACCUGCUCAAGUUGUUCAAGAGCCACUUGCAGACUCUGCGCUUCGAUAACACUACCCGUGUCGUCCUUCUUCGCAGCACUGUCCCAGGCAUCUUCUGUGCUGGUGCCGAUCUCAAAGAGCGCGCUCAAAUGUCACAACAACAAGCAUCCGAGUUUGUCUAUGACCUGCGAUCAUCUUUCACUGAUCUCGAGGUCAUGCCAAUGCCAACGAUCGCUGUCAUGGAGGGCGCAGCACUUGGAGGUGGAAUGGAGAUGGCCAUCUCAUGUGACUUUAGAGUUGCCAGCAAGUCAUCAAGGAUGGGUCUGCCAGAGACAGGUCUGGCCAUCAUCCCAGGUGCAGGUGGCACGCAAAGACUCCCAAGACUCAUUGGACCAGCAUUGGCUAAGGAGUUGAUCUUCACUGGCGAGAUAUUGAACUCACAGCGCGCAAAGGAGAUUGGAUUGAUUCAACAUGAGACUGAGCCAAACGAGGCAUAUAACAAGGCAUUGGAGUUGGCAAGAUUGAUCCUGCCAAAGGGACCCAUCGCCAUCAAGGUGGCCAAGAUCGCAGUCGACAAGGGAAUGAAUGUAGACAUUGCCACUGGCAUGACCAUCGAACAAGCAUGUUACGCUCAAGUCAUCCCAACCAAGGAUAGAACUGAAGGACUCACAGCAUUCAAGGAGAAGAGGUCUCCAGUUUACAAAGGAGAGUAA